GCCCGGGGAGCGGAGCUUGGUUCAGUUUACAGUAUCUGGACCGGACUGAGGCGGGCAGGCAGCAAACUUGCAAGGCCAAGGAGAUGGGGGACAAAGAGAAAAAGAAGAAGGAUAAAAAGUCCUCCAAUGGCGACAGAGUCACUCUGAAAAAAGAAAUUGGACUUUUGAGCGCUUGCGCUAUCAUCAUCGGUAACAUUAUUGGUUCUGGGAUAUUCAUCUCACCCAAAGGCGUAUUGGAGCAUGCAGGCUCCGUGGGGCUGUCACUCAUCGUCUGGGUUUGUGGAGGGGGGAUCUGUGCCCUCGGGUCCAUGUGCUACGCUGAACUUGGGGUCACCAUCCCAAAAUCUGGAGGAGACUAUUCAUAUGUGACAGAAAUCUUUGGAGGGCUAGUGGGUUUCCUGUUGUUAUGGAGUGCCGUCCUCAUCAUGUAUCCAACCACGCUGGCCGUCAUCGCGCUCACUUUCUCCAAUUACGUCUUGCAGCCGGCCUUCCAGGACUGCCUGCCGCCGUACGUCGCCACCAGACUCCUCGCUACCAUCUGUAUCUUAUUCCUGACCUGGGUGAACUGCUCCAGUGUGCGCUGGGCGACGAGGAUCCAGGAUGUUUUCACUGUAGGAAAGCUGCUCGCUCUGGUACUCAUCAUAGUGGUCGGACUCAUCCAGAUCUGUCGAGGUCACUAUGACGCCCUUCGGCCCAGUGUGGCCUUUGAGUUCAGUCAGGAGCCCUCAGUGGGGCAGAUAGCGCUGGCCUUCCUACAGGCCUCCUUCGCCUACAGCGGCUGGAACUUCCUCAACUACGUCACAGAGGAGGUCGUGGAGCCACGCAAGAACCUGCCCCGUGCCAUCUACAUUUCCAUCCCACUGGUGACCCUCGUCUACACUCUGACCAACAUCGCCUACUUCUCCUCCAUGACCCCGGAGGAGCUGCUGGCCUCCAACGCCGUGGCCGUGACAUUCGGGGAAAAGCUGCUGGGGAUGUUUUCCUGGGUGAUGCCGAUCUCCGUGGCGCUGUCCACCUUCGGAGGGAUCAACGGGUACCUGUUCACCUCCUCAAGAUUGUGUUUCUCGGGAGCCAGAGAGGGUCACUUGCCUCAUCUGCUGGCUAUGAUCCACCUAAAGAACUGCACCCCUAUCCCGGCCCUGCUGGUCUGCUGCCUUGCCACCAUAGUCAUCCUGUGCAUCGGAGAGACACACAACCUGAUCAACUACGUGUCCUUUAUCAACUAUUUGUCCUACGGCGUAACCAUUGCUGGCCUCCUCUACCUCCGCAAGAAAAGACCCAACCUGGUCAGACCCAUCAAGGUGAGCAUGUUGAUCCCCAUCACCUACUUGAUAUUCUGGGCUGUGCUGCUGGGCUUCAGUCUGUACUCUGAACCGGUGGUGUGUGGCCUGGGGAUGGUCAUCAUGCUGACUGGAGUCCCCGUAUACUUUGUGGGCGUUCAUUGGAAGGACAAACCCAAAUGUGUCUACCAGCUAGUCGAGCGAGUCACAUACAUUGGCCAGAAGGUGUGUUAUGUGGUGUUUCCUCAGCAAGACCUUUCAGAGACUGAACCUCUCACUGCCUCCAAAGCAACUGACUGAGCAAUACAGUCAACCAGGAAUUCCCUUUUUACAUCAACACCUGGUCUUCCUUCUUUUUCGUUCUCUUUUUUUUUUUUUUUUGCGUUACAUCGUUUUAACAUUGGUCGGUUUGUGGAUGGUGAAGAGAAAGUUGUUGUCAAUGUUCUUGCACAGGUGCAGCCUGAACGGGGCCACGAUGAAGCUCCAGUAUACAAGAGGAGGAGGGUUACACAUAGGACAGUAGCACGUUAAACCCUGGAGCUCCGAAAUAUGUUUGUACUUGCUGGUUGAUGCCGAUGAUCUCAUCUUCUCCUUUGUGCUCACUCAAAGAACCUCCGUCUGCCAUCUUCUGCUUCACUGCCAAUCUAUGCUUAUUUUAUGACUUUAACUCCUUGAGCUAAUGUGCCUUAUGAAACGGUAUGUGUUGGUACAGUGGACUGGUUUGUGCGGGUAUUUGGAUUAUGUAAUAUCUUACAUAUGCAAGCAGUUUCUGCACUUAGCAAUACUUCUCUAUUACUGCUGCUACCUUCCGCUCUGUUUCACUAAUUAUUCACACAAUGUUUAUAGUUCGUCAACUGUAGAUGAAUAUUUCUCUGUCUGUAUCUCGUAUCUUUUUACUUUACGUUCUCUCCUUUUCCUUUUUACACUAUAACACUACAUUCUCAUGAGCGCUACUAUGGGUGUCUUCAGGUUAUGAUUAGAGAUUACCGACAUGACACUCAUCAUUCCCAGCAAUAUGUACAGCACACGGGACGUUUGUGGCCGCCAGCGGGACGGAUGGCUCUCGGAAAGGAAUAAGUUGCAUCGCUGUUCUGCUUUUGGAAGUGUUCCCAUCUUUAGGAAUGCCACUGUGAACUCUCUCAAGGUGCUUGACCCACCAGGACACACGUCUCCACAUCCAUAUUGACAGAUCUAUGGGUGGCUGGCAGUGGAGAACUGACCCCAGGUCCACCGACGUGUUGUAGAUGUCUUGCUACGGUACUGUCGACAUAAUAUAGUUGAAUUGACCCCCGAGGACUCGGAAGAUACUGACAUACUAUAACACAGCCAAAAGACUAAUUUAGAAAAUAGAAACUAUUAUUGUCCUUGGAGUUGUGGUACCACUACCCUAACACAAUAUGCUAAUGUCCUGUGCUUCUGGUGAUAUUGGUGUUUACAUGCAUUUAAGUAACCUCUCAUAGCACUUGUCUCUCAGCUGUCUACGUUGCGCAUACAACAGAGCACAUGAAGGUUCGGGCCGGUGGCCUUUUUGUUUUUUUUAACCAGCAGGUUGCAACUGGAAUAGAACAUUCGGCCCUUUUUCCAGGCCAGCCGAUGCCGGGAAUUGUCCCGCUGCAUCAACUCCAACAAGAGACUUCAGUCAGCAGCGUCUGUCUGCCACGUGCAGGCGCUGCCAGCUCAGUUCUGUAAAUACUGUGUAAAGAAUAAAACAAACUGUUACAAAUGGGGGACUCCUUCAAAGAUCACAUUCCUCAGACAUGUCGUGAUACAUUUACAUACUGUACAAUUGUUUGGUGCGCCUCUGUGUUUUGUUAUAACAAUGUAAUGACUUAUUAAAUUUAGCAACUUCUAAGAUGC